AGAGCUCCUUGAAGUCCCAGCACAUUCCAUUUGGCGAGCUUGUCGCUACAUGAAAUGCUCAGGGUCGGUUCUCCUCGUCCCGGUUUUGUACGAACAUCACCGAUCGAUUGUGCCAUCAAAUCUUGGGGUACCUGAAAACGUUCAAAGUUCAGGUUUAACUUAUUUAUCUGAUAUUUCUUCAAUUUUUUAAUUUGGUGUCAAUGAACACCAAAAAUUGACAUGCAAUUCAAUAAUAGAGCAUUUUUUCCGAUUUUUUCAUGGCUUUUUUCCAAACCGCUUUCCAUAUUUUUACCUCUGUAUUUUUAUAAAUUAAUUUUGCACCCGUGAAGUUGGUUGUUUUCGUGUUAUCAAUUGACUUUUCAUCUCUGGGCUCGUGUAAUUUAGAUCUCUUACUCUCACUUGGUUCAAUAACCUCUUCGCUCCUACUUGAUUCAAUGUCAAAUAUACUCGCAUCUCCGCACGGUGCAAAGGUUGUCAUGAAAUGAAAUGAAAUGUCUGAUGAAAUUUCGAAUUUUUUCUUACUCUCGUUGAAUGAAAAUAUGGAAUUCUCCUCUGGAUCCAUGGCUUUGGAUAUUUCAUCGUAUAGAUAAAGGAGAAAACCUCUACGACACAUCACCUCGGCAUGUGAAUCAUUCAGUUUGUCACCUUGGUUGCUCAACAAACUUCGGCCGAUACAUCUGGUUCCUAUCGGAAGAAAUCAAAUGAAUGAGAUUAAAAUUGUCAUUGCUGUUUUUAUAGAAUUGCUUUUUUUACCAGUUCCCAGAGACACCACCUCCAAGUCUUUGGUGUGAUGUUCAUAUUUCGCGAUACACGAAAGUACUGUCCAUUCCUUUCCAAGAAUUGGCUUGCCGGUUUUCGAUAUGGAUUCAAAUGUUUGAUAACAAAUUUUUGCCAAUCGAUCCGCAUCUGGUACGGCGAUCGGGCUCAUACUGGUACUUUUUUUUUUAACUUUGUCGAUAUUUACCAUAAAUAUUACUAUAAUUUAAACUAUUUUUUACCAAGGAUUUCAAUAUUGUGCACAAUAACCUUUCAUGUUGUUUGGAAAACAGUUUCUCUAAUAUUUAUUUUUAAUUUAAACGAAAUACAUCCGAAGUUACAUGUCGUAUCACUGCAUGCCGUAUCAUUGACCUGUCAUAAUACCUUUCCACUCAUCUGUCACACGAGCAUGUUCAGAAGUACAGCAAGACAGUAUUUUCACCCAUAAACAAUGCUGCAGCAUCAUGUGUCUGAAUCAUUCUGUGUCAUUUUUGCGUGCAAGCCAAUGAACUGAUCAAAAUACAUUCUAUGCUAUGGUAAAUUGUGAUUUAUUUUUAAAAGUCCUCAUAUUGAUAAAUUGUUAAGCGGAUAAAUUUCGAAAAUCAUAGAAAAAUCUACUAUGCAAUCUAGUAUCGCAACGCGAUGUGCGGAUGACUUCAUCCCACAAGCAGAAACAUCGCAUUUUUUCAUUCAUUUUCUGUCAUUUCGAAAUUGUCAAAGUGAAAAGGUUUCUAAACAGUUUUCAUUGUUUUUUUUCCUACUGCGAAUAUAACACGAAUUACGAUUGUCCGACAAAUCGAUUAUUUCACAUUAAGAGAAAACGAAUGGUUAUUUUAAGGAACGAUAAAGAUAAUAAAUUGAAGAAGAUGCCAGCUAGCACCACAGGAUCCAGUUGUUUGGAUAAAAUUUUGGCCGAUGUCAGUAAACAAUCGGCAACAAAACAAAUCCUGAUUGGAGCAGCCUCAGGAUGGGUUACUGGGUUUGCCUCGGCAAAAGUGGGUCGUUUGGCUGCGUUCACCAUCGGCGGCGCCAUCAUCUUGUUAGAAGUAGCAAACGAGCAAGGAAUUAUAAAAAUCGAUUGGAGCCGACUCUAUCGCAAAGUCGAUGAAGCUGGCGACAAAGUGCAGGAAACACUGACCGGCGAAGCACCAAAAUGGAUGGACAAGGCCGAACGUUAUGUAGAUCGCAAACUGGACCAAGCUGAGAGUGCAUUGAAGAAAGGCCAGAAGAAGGCAAAGACAUGGUACUCAACUUUAAUUGGAGAUGAGACAGGCCCAAAAAUUAACAAUUUGCACAUAUUUUUGGUCGGAUUUGCUGGCGGUGUUGCUAUUGGUCUCGCCAGUGUUCGUUAGUACUUCAAAUUUGUUCGAUUACCUCACAAUUAGUAUUCUAUGUUCUGUUUAACUCAAUAAGAGAAAAAAAGUGAAAUGAGCACUACGAACAAAAUUCAUAGCAGUUGCCGUCUUAAUUUUGAUUAAGUUGUUUUCAUCGCACAAAAAGGGGGACACGAAAAUAAUCAGACUAACAUUUCAACCAAUAAAAAUGAAUGAUUUUAUUUUAUUCAUGAUCUUGUUAUUUGGUUAAUAUCGUAACGGAGAUCUUGAUAAAAUUCAUCAAAGCAUGCUUGCAACUACAAUCUCAACUUUUGUAAUCACACGUGUAAUCUUCUGUAUGCGCGAUAUUUGAUAGUUGCCGCAUUGCAAUUAUCAAUUAAUUGUGUCCAAUGAAAAUGAACAAUACCCGACCACACCACACACACACACCCAAACAUGCUUUGAUUCAAUAGCUCAUUUUGUGCUUUGUUCAAUAAACAUAUAUAAGUAUCAUUAUUUAGACAUCUAACUUAGCAACACUCGAAUAAUAAAGUAUUCAAUAAACUGUGAAA